AUACAUUGCACCUACUCUCAAAAAUCGGAAGAUCUGAACGGAUCCUUGCUCUAUACAUCCAUAGAACAUAUCAACCAUCACCAAUAACUACGUUCGUUCGUGUUCAUUAUUGUUCUCACAUUCACUCAUAGGACAAGUAGUAACCAUUACAACCUACGAACAAAGUCCACACUACCAACCUCGACUGUGUAGAACGACAUCCACCUCGCAUACACCCCAUACAAGAUGAUGCGACCACAAGGAGACGAGCUCGAAGAUGCACCUCCAGCCGUUCAAAGGAUGAUGCAACAAUCAGCAAUGCUCGAAAGACGGGUUCAAGCAUUUCUAGAUAAAACCACGCCACACGUUACAGAAAGAUGGGCAGUAACGGCAGGUUUGCUGUUCUUGUUCAUGCUCAGAAUCAUCUUUGCACAAGGAUGGUAUAUCGUUUGUUAUGCUUUGUUCAUUUACCUCUUGAACCUCUUCUUGGCUUUCAUUUCACCUAAAUUUGAUCCUUCUUUGGAUGCUGAUUUGGCAGAACAAGAUGUUGAAGAAGGUGAACCGGGAUUACCAACAAGUUCUCCUUCUGCUAAAAAACAAAACGGUCAACAAGGUUUGAUGAGCGGUAUGUUCGGUGGCGGUGGCGGUAAUGCAAACGGAAAUGGUGGUGCUAUAGAUGAUGAAUUCCGUCCUUUUAUCAGACGAUUACCCGAAUUCAAAUUUUGGUUAGGCGCAACACAAGCAAUUCUCAUUUCGCUAUUUUGCACAAUGUUUAUCAUCUUUGAUAUACCCGUCUUUUGGCCCGUUCUUGUGGUUUAUUGGCUCAUGUUGACUGGAUUAACGAUGAGAAGACAGAUUCAACAUAUGAUCAGAUAUCGUUAUGUUCCAUGGGAUUUGGGAAAGAUGAAAUAUGGAAGGAAGUGAAACAAAAAGCAGACUUAAAAUCCACAAGACAAUUUCAUAUCCAUCCACAAACUUUCCUCUCUCUUUCAAGUCAUCAUCUCCUUUGUACUCUUAUGGUCAAACUUUUUGCUUUUCUACAAUUUAUUCAUGUACACAUUCUCAGACAGACAAAAACGAUAUCAUAAAAGAUUGAUUCAC